AUGUCUCUCUAUUUAUUCAAAUCAAAUACUGAAAGCAGUUCAUCGUCGUCAACACCACUUUUCCGUCGCUCACCAAAGUUGGUUGCUUGUGUGGCGCCCACAAGCACAACCGCCGCUGCUGCAUCCUUGCCAUCGCCACCACCAGUUCGGCCGUCCUCACCUUCCUCGUUGUCAUCAUCAUCAGCAUCGUCAGCAGCAUCAUCUAAAGUUACUCCAAACAUUCUGGAAUUUGAGAAGAUCUUACCACCCACAAAUAUGUUUGCUGUCCUAGAGGAAAUAGAUCAAGAGUUUGAAGGCGUUUUUUUUUCUGAAGAAACUCGUGCUGUGAAUCUGGCUGCUGCGGCCUCCGUAAAGCGAUACUAUUUUAGAUCAAGUCCUAAUCCGCUUCUACUCCCUCCCUCCAUCUCUGUCGUCCGUCGUGACUGCGCUGUAGAUGCGCACUGUGAGACGCGGGAAGCUGCAACCUCACCACUUGUUGAAGAAGAUCUUGAAGAAGGUGAUCACCCCGAGGCUGAAGGUUUGGAGCUGGAUGAUGAAGGUGUCUACUUUACUUUUGAUCUUCAGAAUCGCGCAAACAACUUUGGAGAAUAUAGUGAUAAAGAGGAAGAGGGAGAUGCAGGCAGCUCCUUAGAGCCCCGCGAAACCUUCAGGGCGGGUGUGCGUUACGGCGAAGGCUUCUCCGAUCUUGUCGCUUUGACCACCAGUAUUUCCGAUGACUUGUUGCAGCUUGAAUCUGGAUGUCAGGAGUUAAUUCAUCGGGUUCAUGCCAAUCGAAUCGAAUUGGAUAGGGUAAAUGAUAGCCUGAGUUUCGUGUGGAACAAUAAGGACGAGUGUGCAAACGCUCCCCCAACCUCUACUUCCGUGUCUAUGAUGGAGAACUCGUGGAGUAGUGGUGAUAGCUGCAGCAUUUUCACCCACCAUUAUUCUCCUAUGGGUGCAUCCUUCAUCACCUCCGGCGGUUCAUGCUGUCCUUGCAACUGUCACCGUGAAGAAUUGGUGGGGACCGUGGUCGAUCAAGAGGAUCCUGAGUUGUCCUCUGAAAUGCUCUCUAGUUUAACCUUGGUACACUCCGAGUCACUUCCCGACGAAAAGUUCUUCCGCCCAGGUAGGUGA